AAUAACAUCAAAUUGGCAACAUUUUCUGUAAAUAUUUGGAACCCAUGAUUUAAAAAAACAAAAACAUUUCGUCCUAAAAUUGUAUUUGUAUUCCUUUGAACUAAAAAAAAAUAUUUUACUUUCUAUUGUAUCACAUUUACGUAUAAUUCACUUUAACUUCGAAAAUGAGCAACUACCGGUUUAUUCAGCAUCUGCUUUUAACGUGAUAAAUUCCCUAGCACUGUAAAUGGAACACGAUAACUGUAACGCGCUCCACCUGCUUCAGGCAUGGUGAUUUCGGGUUCUAUUUACGCAUUGCUAGCGGGUUGUUUGGGUGCUGCCGCCUCCUUAUCGGCUAAACUUUCUCUCGGUGCAGACUACCUGAAGGAAAUGUGUGAAAUUGGGCUGAGCAGCACGUUGGACGCACAACACUAUGGACCUAGUGUGUGUCACUGGCUCCACAUCCCCCUGCGUCUGCUGUGCAUCGGCCUGAUGUUCCUCUGCAAUGCUGUCAUGUGGACCUUCUUCUCCAAAGCUCUUCGCUACAGCUCUUCAUCAGCACGAGCCACUGCUACCUCUAGUGUGGGCAACUUUAUUGCGUCGGCCAUACUGGGGAACCUUAUUUUUGGAGAGUGUCAAGCAGUUCUGUGGUGGGUGGGCAUCUCUCUGACGCUAUGUGGGCUGCUGUUGCUUCAUGGAUCCACGCCUCAGGCGCUGCCACAGAAAGAAGGCAAAACGGACUAGUUGUAUUAUUAUAUUAUAAAUAUUUUUAUUGUUACUUGUCGUGAGUGGGUAAAUAGGAAUUUGCUACCAAAGAUUUGCCGUUCAUAAAUCUGUCAUUACUCCAACCUCAGGUCAUUUGAUGAAGAUUAAAAGUAAAUAUUUUGAUGUU